GGGAGAGGCACCGCCUUCGCCCCCGCCCGCCCGCCACUGCGGGGCCGGAGUCUGAGGAGGAGAAGCGACGACGCUGGUCCUCCUGGCGGGCGGGAAGAGCUGGAGAUGCCGGGCAGGACCAGGGCCCCGCCGAGCUCCGUUGGGGUAGAUACCCGCAUCGCGCUGCCGCCCGCUAGCCUGCCGAGGGGGCACCGGCCUGCACCCGGCGUCCGGCCAGCCCCUCGCCUCGGCCCUCACCCCAGCUAUUCUCAUGAAGUUCCUGGAUGAGAACCCAUCAUGGUACAGGAAAUACAGAAAUCAUUAUAGGUUUGGUGUCUUGGAAGUAUGGAAUCAAUCUCUAUGAUGGGAAGUCCUAAGAACCUCAAUGAAACUUUUCUACCAAAUGUUGCCAAUGGCAUCAAGGAUGCCAGUAAGAUCACAAUAGGCAUCAUUGGAAGUGGAGACUUUGCUAAGUCAUUGACAAUUAGGCUUAUCAGAUGUGGGUACCACGUGGUUGUAGGAAGCAGAAACCCUAAACUUGCUGCUGAGGUCUUUCCCCAUGUGGUUGAUGUCACUCACCAUGAAGAUGCAGUAGCAAAAACAAACAUCAUUUUUGUAGCCAUACACAGAGAACAUUAUGCCUCUUUGUGGGACCUCAAGCAUUUACUCGCUGGUAAAAUUCUGAUUGAUGUUAGCAAUAAUACAAGAGUAGACCAAUAUCCGGACUCCAAUGCAGAGUAUUUGGCAUCACUUUUCCCAGAUUCCCUGAUUGUCAAAGGAUUCAAUGUCGUUUCAGCGUGGUCACUGCAAUUAGGACCAAAGGAUGCCAGCAGACAGGUCUAUAUAUGCAGUAACAAUGUUCAGGCUCGCCAUCAAGUUAUUGAGCUUGCCCGUCAGCUCAGUUUUAUUCCUAUUGAUUUGGGGGCAUUGUCAUCUUCAAGGGAGAUUGAAAACUUACCUCUGCGACUGUUCACACUGUGGAAGGGGCCUGUAGUGAUUGCCAUUAGCCUGGCAACGUUUUUCUUCAUCUAUUCCUUCAUCAGAGAUGUGAUCCAUCCAUAUGUGAGAAAUCAGCAGAGUGACUUUUACAAGAUUCCCAUUGAGAUCGUGAACAAGACUCUACCAAUUGUUGCUAUCACUUUGCUUUCUCUAGUGUAUUUGUCAGGACUUAUUGCAGCCGCUUAUCAGCUUUACUAUGGUACCAAGUAUAGGCGAUUUCCACCUUGGCUGGACAACUGGCUCCAGUGUCGAAAGCAGCUUGGACUGCUCAGUUUUUUCUUUGCAACAGUGCAUGUGGCGUACAGCCUCUGCUUACCCAUGAGGAGAUCGGAGCGAUACUUGUUCCUCAAUAUGGCAUAUCAACAGGUUCAUGCAAAUGUUGAAAAUUCUUGGAAUGAGGAAGAAGUGUGGCGAAUUGAAAUGUAUAUCUCUUUUGGAAUAAUGAGUCUUGGAUUGCUUUCUUUGCUGGCAGUAACUUCCAUCCCUUCAGUAAACACUGCCUUAAACUGGAGGGAGUUCAGUUUCAUUCAGUCUACACUUGGAUACGUUGCUCUGCUCAUAAGUACUUUCCAUGUACUGAUCUACGGAUGGAAAAGAGCUUUUGAAGAAGAGUAUUACAGAUUUUAUACACCACCAAAUUUUGUUCUUGCCCUUGUUUUGCCUUCCAUUGUAAUUCUAGGUAAGAUCAUUUUACUUUUGCCAUGUGUAAGUAGAAAACUGAGGAGAAUUCGAAGAGGAUGGGAGAAAAGCCAUGUUAUAGAAGAAGCAAGUGGGUCUGUUCCACACCUCUCCCCAGAAAGGAUAACUGUGAUGUGAUCAUAGACUAAUAUUUGUUAGCACUGUUGUAGAUGUUUGUUUGGGUUUUUUUGUCAUAAACUCGUAUUUUUAGGAGUUUAGUUAAAGUUUGAGUUAAGUUGCUGUGGACUUGCUUGGCAUAUAGUUCAAGCUCUCAACCAAACUAUGAGAAAUUUAUAACUAGAAGACAACUACUUCAGAUAACUACAAAAAUAUUUUUGUUUUGAGUUACAGAGGGCAGGUGAUUAUGAAAUCAAAAAUUUUUAAUGCUCCUUUGCACAACAGUAUUUUGUUAUAACCAUGCUCGACCAGCAGGUUGAGGGAGGUGAUCCUGCCCCUCUACUCCGCUCUUGUGAGACCCCACCUGGAGUACUGCAUCCAGCUCUGGGGGCCCCAGUACAGGAGAGACAUGGAGCUGUUGGAGAGAGUCCAGAGGAGGGCCAUGAAGGUGAUCAGAGGGCUGGAGCACCUCUCCUAUGAGGAGAGGCUGAGAGAGUUGGGAUUGUUCAGCCUGGAGAAAAGAAGGCUCCGGGGAGAUCUAAUUGCGGCUUACCAGUACCUGAAGGGGCCUACAGGAAAGCUGGUGAGGGACUGUUUAUGAGGGAGUGCUGUGACAGGACAAGGGGUAAUGGGUUUAAGCUGAAGGAGGGUCGAUUUAGAUGAGAUGUUAGAAAGAAAUUCUUCACUGUGAGGGUGGUGAGGUACUGGAACAGGUUGCCCAGAGAGGUUGUGGAUUCCCCAUCCCUGGAAGUGUUCAAGGCCAGGUUGGAUGAGGCUUUGGGCAACGUGGUCUAGUGGAGGGUGUCCCUGCCCAUGGCAGGGGGGUUGGAACUAGAUGAUCUUUAAGGUCCCUUCCAACCCAAACCAUUCUAUGAUUCUAUGAUUCUGUGAUUCUAUGCUUUCCAGAUAUUUCUUUGACUUAAAGCAUAUUUGUCUGAGUGCUAUUUAUUAAUACAACAUUUUCUGGGCAGUGUUUCUUUUAUUAAAACCACACUUCUGGGUUAGUGAGUUCAGAAUAUAGACUAACAGAGUUAAUAACUUAGGAAAUAAUCAGGUUUUGAAAAAAAUUAAUUUGUAAUGAUGUAUUGCACAUGUACAGUAUAUUUAUUUGUGGUUUUACACUACUCCAUGAUUUGAAUAUGCAAAACCAGUUUCAAUUAUGGUGUUAUUGUCCAUCUUGUAAGCAAAUGGUAUUGUACUAACAGGGUCCUUUUUUUCAAAGUAUCACAUAGGAUUUUAGACCUUUGGCAUCUCUUUAUUUCCAUAUGUCAUAUAAUGAAAAUUCAACAGUGUUAUACAUAUGUAGAAAGAUUUGCAGAUAUGUGUGCAAGCAACUAUUUUUUGAUUUUAGAAUGAUUUCAGAAUAUCAGAAAACACUUAAAAAAAAAAAGCUGAGAAACGUACAACAGUAAAAAUCCAUUUUCACUGUGAAACUUCCAAUAUGUUGGUACAACAGGGAAGCAUCACAAUACUCACGUUCUGUAUGUUUCUACACUGGAGUUUCAGUUAUUAUAUAUGAAUUUCCCAGAGUAUUUCUUAAAUUCUUAGUAUCUUCUUGUGCAAAUUCAAUCUUCUAUUUUUAUAUAAAAGUCUUACUUUUACAACAAGUGUCUCUGGGAUAUGGCUGAAUUUUUGAGAAACAAAAUUAUUAUUCUUAUACUUAAAAAUGAAUUUAUCUCUAAAACUUACAUUUGCAUUUCCUUUGGGAUUCAAAAGACCUGUCACAGUUACUUCUUAUUACUGCUUCGUCAGGUUCUACUCUUCUCUAACAAAAUAGCCAAACUCACCUCAUACCUUCAGGCUACUCCUGCUUAAUUAGCAAAACCUGUAUUUCAGUUAAUCAGAAUGUGUAUUUGGUCCUAAUUUUCUUUACUUGUAUGAAAUUAUAUUUUUCUUAUCCAUAUUUUCACUGUUUAGGAUCUCUGACUUUCUUAGCUGAACCUUCACUUGUUAUUUAUUACUUUGCAAGAAUUUGUCAUCAAUAUGAUACAUCAGAAAUAUACAGUACUUUAAGCUUGAAUUUAUCCUUAAACAUCACAAGUCCUGUAAAUCUCAUUAUCUCUGUAAUGAAACUAACAGCUCCACAUAACAAGAAGAAUCGAGAAACAAACUCUGCCCCCAGUUAUACCAGCCUAAAUCUAAAGAGUUCACAUUAGUUGUUCUUAAUUUAAUUUCAAAUUUAAAAAAUCUACAAUUAUUUUAUUUUCAUUGUAGUAUCCGUAUUCCCCAGACUUACACAUCAAGCCUGUGUGUAUUCUGGGUUUGUUGCAAAUCAAGAGACAGUUGAACUUUCUUUCAUUUUAAGCAUGUUCAAAUCUAGAGAUGAAAAAUAAAAUAUUUGCAUUGUUUUUUCAAGAUUAAAGCCUUUUUAUAUGUCUUUAAACAUGUUUUGUAUCGAAUGAGAGGUCAGUGAAUUAUUUUUGAAAAUGGAGAUUUGUGAAAACAUUUUUUGGGAAAAAAACCUGAACUAUAUUUCAUGUGUGUCAACAGAAAUGUAAAAAGUUUAUUUUUAGUUCACAAAUUUUAAAUUUCAAUUAGUUGGAAAACUCAGUUAUAUUCUCCUUUUAAGCUAUUGGGGGGGAGCAAUUGGAAAGAGAAAAUUCAUUUUAUUUCACCAUUUUUUUGAGAAACAAUAAUAACGGCUAUAAUUGGUCAGACUAAGGUCUUUGAGACUUGUCUCCAACAUCUGACAAGUGGCAGAUGCUUCCAAAAAGAGUGCAUACAUCCAAUGAUUCUUCUCCUGACAUAACCUCUCAGCCUCUUGGAAAUCGAUAAUGUAGGUCUUAUUUGAGACAGGUGCUGCCUCUAGACUAUUGUAUUUAAUAGCAACUUCCUCCAAAAAUUUAUCUUUUUUAGAAAUUUGAAACUUUCCCAGAGUUUUACAGGAAAAGAAGGAAAAAGAAAAGAAACCAAACCAAAACAAAAUUAAUAAAUCUAUCAAAUUAAUUUUAAAAGUGUGCAUUCUUUCUUUUUUCCAACAACAAAUCUGUUAGUUUCAAGGUACUAAUUUUAUUGUCCCUCCUCCAAUAUGCAGCUAUUUCAGGGAUACUUGUGAUACACAAGCAAAAUACUAUUUAUCAAACAUUGUAGACAUUAAGUGAAAAACCUGUUAUUGUUGGAGAUUAGACAGGAGCCUAAACUAGUACGAAUGAGAUUUUCACAUAAAAAUGAAGAACAAGUGACAAUUACAACUUCUAACUUACUUCGCCUGUCUGUAAAGACAUUCCAAUACAGAAAGCUGUGUGUUUCUUGAAAUGCUUGCAGAAUUAUAUGUAACUGAAUUUCCUAUUCCAUAUUGCAGGGGGAUAUAUUUCCUCUUCCAAUAGGCCAGUUUCCUAUUCCAUAAUGCAGAGGGAAACCACACAAAGCUUAGGCAUUUGUGCUUCAAUCCUUUAAAUAAAAUUAAUUUUAAAAUCUUAGCAUACACCAAGUCUUGGAGAAUUUUAAUGGGAUAAAUACCAUGAUAUGUUCUACCCCAGUUCCGUGCAUGAAACCCAACUGAAAUCACCAGAAUGGGAUGGUAUAACUGAUGGUGUAACUGAGAGCAGAAUUUCAUACCUCUGAACAAAUUUAGGGCAGAAACCAUUACUGUUGACAAUCUGAUUACAUUACAAAAUUAAAUAUACAGCUAUGAUUUUAUAGUAAUCCUACACUUCCGUAGAAUAAGUAAUUAACAUUCAUAUUCCCUAUGAUUAUCUAAUGCAAUAGCAAUAAUGUUGCAGAACUAAGAUACUGUACUAAUCGAAAAUUACUGUCAAAGUCCAUAUAUAUAGUGCUGUAAUGCAACCACUGACAGUAUAUACAGAAAUGUAUUGGCCCUUUUUGCUAUGCAAAAAGUUAUUUCAUCAUUAAAUUUCUUCAAGAAUGUUUAAACUGUUAAAUUUUGAACUGCCAAAGGUUUCUGGAGACAAUAAUGAUGUGUCAUUCCUUUUUUCAGACUGUGCGUGUAGAAAACUAUAAAAUGUGUUUUGAUUUUAUGAGUUACUUGAAAGGUUGAAAUAUUGACAUAUUAAUAAAUAGAUGAUAUUUUUAGAUCAAAUAUAUGAAGACAUUUUGUGAAAUAUUUGUGCUACAGAAUGACAUAUGGUUUCUCGUUAGGCCGUGUAUUUACUUCUAAUUGGAAUAACAAGUUGACUUGUGAUUUAAUAGUUUGUAGUGUUCUUUAAGGACCAAUUCACUCUAACAAGACACUGUUAAGUCUGAAAUAAAAUGACACUCAUGCAUUUACUACACAUUAUGUAUCAUAUCAUGCAUAUGUUUAGUCACAUAAGGAAUCUUUAUUCAUGUGAUCAAACACAUUGAUUUCUAUAGACCAACUCACAUUAGAACUCAUUGGAAAAAGACCUGAGGCUAAAAGUUUAGUUUGGAUUGCCUAAAUAUAAACAACUAAAUUCAUUUAGACAUCUUAGUUACUUAGGAGAAUAAAUACGUAUUUUGAGGAAUAGCCUGCUAUAAAAAUACUUUUGUGUAGAUAUUUUUAAAUUGCUUACUGCCUAGUGAAAAACAAAUAAUGAAAUAAACUUCAUUUCUUUUCAUUACUGUUCAGUAAAAAAAAAAGUGCUUAAUAUGUAAUACAGAACUACACAUCAUAUUAGAAAAUGGAGACCUUUAUGUGUUUAGCAACAAGUUACUUGUUUUCUAUGGAUAUUAAGGUAUUUUUUCUUAACAUUGUCUAAAAUACAGUUCUAUUACAGGUUCCAUAUGUGUCUUUAAUUUUAUCUCACAAUUCUAUUAACUGUGGCAACUAUGUACAAGUUAAUUAAGUACUCACGUUCUUGAACUAUUUAGAGAUUAAUUAUUUUGUAAUUGUUUUGCAAGUUCUUUGCAUAUCUAGCUUGUGGUAAUGGUUACUGUGAAUUGGUGCCACGUUUAACUUUUUGUUCCAACGUUGUGCAUUAUAUGAUGUGCCAACAUGAGAAAGUACAUGUGUAUUUUUAUUUGGCAUUAAUUGCCUAUAAAAUAGUGUGUCUGUGUGUGUGUGUCUAUAUGUUAUUAGCUAUACAUGCUGCCCAACUAGCACUAAGGGAAAUUAUUAAUUAAUGUAAGGCAAUGAGUUCCCAAGUGGCUAUGAAUUUCACAGGUAUUAAUAUAGUUAGGAAACAGCUUUCCUCUGAAUGUGAAGAUUUCCUCUGAAAGUUAGCUAUAUCAGGUGCAUAAAAAUUAGAUAGAUUGAGUUUUUCAGUAUAGUAUUUUCAUGUAUGCAGUGGUAAUGGAUGCAUAUGCAUAGUUCCUUUCAGACAGUGUGUUUCCUAAUACACAAGUUUUUGAUUUCUUGGCUGUUCAUCCUGUAGUAUUUUCUAUCAAUAUAAUGAGUAAUGUUGCAGUACUGAUAUUGUAUCAUUAUAUGAUACUGCUUGAUUGAAUUAAUUAGAUUACAACCUUUAAAAUAAGUGACACAUUGAACUGACUUGAACAAUGAUCUCUAUCGUUAUAUAUUGUUUCUCAUGCCUUGCUGGCAAUGUCUUGCAGUGAGCAUAGUACGUCUCCCAUGUACAAUAUUCUCUUUGUAGUUGUGUUUGUCAAUUUGUUUGUGCUGUCUCUCUGAACAGGGCUAUUACAAAUUAUUAGUAAUGCUUUUAUCUAUUUUUCCAUAGACUGUGUUUUACACAAAAAAACCAAUAAAAAAUCAAUGUCAGGUAUUUGGCUUUUUCUUCUGUACUUAUGCAUAAUAAA